AUGAAAUUAAUCGGUUGUAUUGAUGCUAUCUCAUCUUUGUUCAGUUUCUCCAAUUCAUCUGUUGGCAACACAAUAAAAUCCAGUGGAACAGGUGCAAUGGUAUCUCAAGGAACCAAUAAAGUUACUAUCGUUAGUACAACCAUUCAACAUGGUACUCAAAUCAAUGCUGCCGGUACAAGCACCAACCUGGGAGGUGCUCAUCAAAUAGAGGCUUAA